GUGCUGUCGCCCGCUGCUGUUUGUCGUGCCGGUGGUGAUUCCUAUCUGAGCGAGUUCUGCCCGUCUAUCGCUCGCGUUCCUCGACUCAUUCGCAAAAGCUGUGUGUUUAUUUAUCUGCAUGCUCUGAUAUUCAUUUCUACAUCUAUGCGAUAAUGUAUCCGGCUCUAUGAGAUCUGCCUUUGGUCUGUCAUGCAGCACAGCUCAGUGUCAAGACAACAGUUUGUGUGAUGAAUUAUUCAUAGAUUGUACGCAAGACAUCCACAUACCAUACAGCAGAUCGUUGGAAAAUCCUCUUAUAUCUGUGAAUGAACUCUCUGGUCGCUGCCAUGUGUCUGUUUAUUGUUAUAUUAACCUGUGUGGUGGUUGAAUAGUGCUGCUAUGUAGAUAAGUGUUGGUAUCUGGAGUUGGUCACGCAGUGUUUUUUUCUUUUUUUUUUUCUCAUGGAUUUCUGCACAGCAGCAUCUCAGCUUCGGGUUUGCAUUGAGGCUGUAUUUAUACACAUGCAUGCUAAUAUAUUAAUAUAUACAGCGUCUCGUGCAAUAGACACAUCCACUCAGGAAUGCACAUUAAACACGACUUUCAGGGUUAGCAAUAAUGCUUUCACUAUGCACGCGAUUAAGUGGUGUUCUCGUGCAUGCGUUUGAAUCGUCUUCAUUGAUCGCAUCCCAAUUUUGGCUAAAAACGGGAGUGAAGCAGCCGCCUCAAGGGCCGUACACACCGGGACGAAUAUCGGCGCGCGUUAUUCGCCAGCGUUUUCCAACACGUUUUUUGUGUUCACACCCAAGCGAUUUUCGCUGACGAUGAGCCGAGUGAACAUGCAAAUUCAUUCCCUGACAUUAGAUGGCGCUUAAUGUAAAACAGAAAUACCCCUGUACACAAGGUGGCGCUGCGCAACUUUACGCUUCUUAAACUCGCUUUUCACUCAGAAGAAGAGUGCAAGUAUUUACGCGCUUGUCAGAAUCAUACAAAGAAAACAUGAAUAUUUCAAGCACCAGUAACUCUAGCUCCAGUUCCAGCGAUGAAGAAAUUAUUGUUCUGUUGAAUGAGGAAAGACGCCGGAAAAGACGCCGAUUUUGGGUACAUCCCAUAGUUACGAGAAGAGAAGAACAUGGGGAGUUUUAUCGACUGGUACAAGAGCUGAAAAUGUAUCAUGAGCGUUUUCGGGGGUAUUUUAGAAUGUCCGUCAGUGAGUUCGAAAAUUUACUUCAACAACUGGCUCCCUUGCUGACGAAAGAACAGACACACUACCGUAAACCAAUCGACCCAGAACAGCGUUUGGCCGUGUGUUUACGUUUUCUAAGCACUGGGGACUCGUACCGCUCUAUUGCGUUCAGCUUUCGACUUGGUGUGUCAACUGUGGCUUCGAUAGUGAGUGAAACCUGUGAUGCAUUGUGGCACUGCCUCAGAGAUGAACAUUUGCCAGUGCCUACUGAAGAGAUGUGGAGGAGUACAGCCAGGAGAUUCCAUGAAAGAUGGAAUUUCCCUAACUGCUUGGGAGCCAUGGAUGGGAAACACAUAUUCAUCCAGGCCCCUGCAAACUCUGGUUCUCUAUACUUUAAUUAUAAAGGUACAUUCUCCGUUGUAUUGCUGGCCUUAGUUGAUGCAGAUUACCGCUUCCUGGUGGUUGAUGUGGGGAGCUAUGGCAGCAACAGUGAUGGAGGAAUCUUUGCCAAUUCUGUACUGGGAAAGGCACUCAGAAAUGGAACUCUGAAUGUUCCCCCACCAAGUGAACUUCCAGGUGCUCCUGAGCUGGGAAAAGUUAACCAUGUCAUUGUGGCGGAUGAAGCUUUUCCGCUGAAACCAUAUCUCCUCCGGCCAUACCCUGGACGCCGCCUCCCCACAGACAAGAGAAUUUUCAAUUAUCGUUUGUCUCGGGCACGGCGCAUCUCUGAAAAUGUAUUUGGCAUCCUCAGUCAACGCUUCCGGGUUUUCCAAAGAACUUUACAGGUUCAACCAAGUGUUGUUGACAAAGUUGUCAAAGCUGCUUGUGCGUUGUGCAAUUAUUUGCGCCCGAACGGAAAUGACCAGAAUCGUGCCACAGAGGAUGACCAUGAUUGUGAGCAACCACUACAAGGCUUUGAACAUUGUAGGGGGCAGCGGGCAUCUGUGGAGGCCCAAAAUGUCCGAGAACUGUACAAAGAGUACUUCAACUCACCAGCAGGAGAAGUUGCUUGGCAGUAUGACCAUGUGAACCAUGCUCUGGGGAACAGAUAAUAUCAACCUAUAAAUUUGAGCCAUUUUAAUUACAUUUUCCAUUGAGAAAACUGCUAGUGUAUGUGUAUAUAUACAAUUUCUGUGAACUUGAAUACACUAUCAAAUCUAUUGCAUCUGAUUCUUCAUUAAUUAAUAUGGCAGCACUCACCACAGCAAAUUAAAUAUUUUUGAUAUAACAUGUUCUAUCAAAGUUAAAGCAUAGUUUUUUUUUGCAAAAAGUAAAGUAUUUGGUCACUUCAACAUAUACUUAUUUACAACUAAAUGUAAGUUGUAUUUUUGAAAAUGUGUAUUUUUAAUAAACAUUUUUACUAGCA